CUCACGUACUUUAUUGCCACAUGACCAAUCAAUUGAAAUAGAUAAAUAGUUCAGCCGUCAGAAUCAUAUUCAUUAAUUAAUCAUCUUCCCAGACGUGUUUGCUUCUCUCAGCAGCGUGAAAGAUGGAGACCAACUAGCAGACGUGUUUGCCAUAUAUAUAAAAGCAGAAUCAGAGCCCAUUUUCAGGGCAACAGUCGUUGGGAUUAAUGGCCGCCGAAGAUGUGGUUUCGUCUGCUUUUGUCGUUCAUUUCUUCUUGACCGUGAUUAUGAUAUUAUUCAAGCCACUCCAUUGUCUCUCAUCAUAUCCUAGUUAUGGUACUACUCGCAGUCCACCGGCUAUGUUCGCUAUUGGCGGCGGCCAAACUGACGUCGGGACUAAUGCAAUCUUGAACUCCUCUGCACCGGGACCGGGCAACACGCCGUUCAAUGGGAUCGAUUGCGACCCUCCCUUGCCCACCGGCCGGUUGAGCAAUUGCUGGGUUGUGGCUGACUUUGUGGCAAUGACUCUGGGUUACGACGAAAGCCCGCCGCCGUUCCUCGCCUUCGUGAACUCGUCCAAGAGGUUCGACCGGGUUAUAACGAGCCGAGGUGUCAGCUUCGGUUCCACAUUGUCUGGCAUUUUCAACUCCACAGGACAGGGCGGUUUAUUUUUCCAAGCGCGUGUGACGGUAGGACAGCAGAUCGAUCAGUUCGGGGCGGUAGUCCGGCCCAGGUUGAUCGCUUUACUGGGCCCAGUAGCUGCAGGCAAUUUUCUGGCCCAGUCGUUCUUCUUGUUGGCCACCGGAAGCAUUGACAUAGCGGAGCAACGGGCGAAUGCCCCUCCCAGCUCCGACCCUCGCUUCCUCCGAUUGUACAUAGCCCAAUAUGUUGAUUAUAUUCGUACUCUGUACGCACUUGGAGGUCGAGUGUUCGGGAUCGUGGCGCCACCACUAGUUGGAUGCUCGUCGUUUUACUACAAUUCGAACAGCAGCAGCGAAUGCGACGCCAGAGCUAAUUCCCUGUCGCUGGCCGCCUUCGACCGCCUUGCAUCGGCGUUGAGGUUGCUACGCUUUACAUAUCCUGAUUUCCGGUAUUCCAUCUGCAAUUCCCCCAACUUCUAUUUCGGCGUCAUCGCGAAUGCACCCGGUUCCCCUGGAUGUGGUUUGACGGAGGCGAGAGCAUCAUGCUGUGGGAACCGAAGGGCAUUGUGUUCGCCAACUUCUGCUCUGUGCGGGAAUCGCGACGAGUAUUUCUUUUGGAACCUUUACUUGCUCACGAGUGAGGGAUCCAGGCUGCAUUCUGCCGCCUGUUUUGGCCGGAAUCCCAGAUACUGGACACCUGUCAGCUUCGCCGCCCUCCUGAAAGACUGAACUCCUCGAUUCCGGCGGCGGAGGCAACUUAAUUAGCUUGCUCUCCUCAUAAGACUUUUCGGUUGUUUUCUUGUCUACACAUAAUAUAAUACACCGAAGGGAAAAACGGGAGCCCCAUUUCAAAUUUCCUGCAACGAGAGUGAAAGUAGGAAGGACAUUUUGGUCUUCACAAUUACUUUUUUUUUAUUCAUUAAAAAUAUAUGUACUGGGAUUCGAACCAUGACCAUUUUAAAGAAAGGCAAGGAUCAUAACCAAUCACACUAAGUACAUUUGUUGUAUCCUUUUAAAUUAAAAACAUAUAAUAGCAGGGUGGAAAAAACUCUUCCCCCAUUUCAAAUUCCCUGUUCCAUGAGCGUUUGUAGGAAGGGUAGAAUAGGGAGUGUCAAUUUUUUUCUCUUUUCUCUGUGGAACGGGCCAACUUACCGUACACAUGCGGAUUUAAACGAGUCCAGGAGUGUCAAUUUUUUUCUUUAUACCUUUUUAUUUAUCCGUGGUGAUAAAAUAUAUAUGAAAAGGCAAAAAUAAUACUUCUUUUUAUUGUUAAAAAUAAAAAAUUUAACAAUAGACUAAUGCAUGGUAUCUAAUGGGCUAACCGCUAACCAUAAAAUAAAAGAGUUGAAUGAGCCUGACCUACAUGGGAUUUGGUCAUCAAGUAAAACAAAUGAACAUCAUGGGUUUGCCAUUCUAAAACAAGCUAUUUUCUCUGGCAUAAUAUAUAUUAUGCUAUUAUUUUAUAUCUUAGUGGCUAAAAUAUAAUGUAUUUUAAAGUUAUUCAAUGGUUCAACCUCGACCAACCCAAUUACUCCAAUUUUUAUCAUUUCAAAUAUAUAUUUUAUAAUUAUUUGACAUCAUAAUGAUCAAAUUAUAGUAUAUUUUAUAGGGAAUCGUUUGGUAUUUGUUAGUAAAAAACUAAACAUAAAAAUCUAUUUGGUUAUUUUAAACAUUAAAACGAUCCUCAACAUUUUCAGUUCCUUUUGAAUUUAUAUGGUUUUAUUCCCGAAUAAGUGAUGUGCAAAUGGCGAAUUGUAGUCGUCUUUUUUCUUUCACUAUUUUUUUAUUUUCAAAUAGAAAGUUUAAAAGUAAAGAAUAAUUAGAAUUUGGCAUGGGUCGGUCAAACAGGUUGAAUUUCAAGUUUUGGCCCAUUUGUUUUAUGCAUUGCAAAUUUAUUAGCAUGUUGAUGGAAAUGGCUUGGAAAAAAGACAUAUAAGUUGUAUCUUUGCAUAAAUGUCCUCAAAUGUUUGAAUGCUUUGUGAAUCAGGUUCUGUGACUUUUGUGAUGGUGUAUGUGCUUGACGAUUGCUCGAUGUUGUAACUACUUAAUUUAAGAGUAAAUCUUUUGAUUUUCCCUAUGAGUUGUGAUACCAGUUCUGGUGGUUGCAGCAUGUUGUCGUUGUUGGCCUGUAAAAGUUGUUUCGCCGUGAUGCUAAAUAUCUUUCUUUCUUUUUUAACAAAUUGUGUAGUAGUGCUAUGAAACAGACCACCCAUGAACGCUACGCUUAUUAUGGUAUGUUCUUACUUCCGGUGGUGAGAAAUUGUGAAUUGAGAAUCAUAUUCGCCUACCGCACUAUGUCUGGUUGGUGGCUGCUUACUGUGCUCUCUAGAGUUAUGAAACAGACUACCCAUGAACUUUACCCUUAAGAGUCCAUAACUUUGCGAAAAACCAAAUAUAGGCAAUCAAAGGUGGUGGAUGUGUGAUGAUUUUUUAUGGCUUAAUUGUUUGUGAAUUAGAUAUCUGAUCUUUGUAUGAUUAGAGGGGAUGUUUGCUUAAUAGAAUAAUCCAUUUUAAUUCAUGUUUAUUUUUAACAUGAACUUUAGUAGCUCAAAACCUUCGAGACACAUAUCACCUACUGCAUUGUAUCAUUUUGCCUGGGUGCUUGCUGUGUUGUCAAACUUCUUUGCUGCUGAUGCAUUUACACUAACAGGGGAGUUAAGAACCCAUGAAUGUUUCCGUUUGACACAAACAAGAGGACUUACUUCUAAAUCGUGCACUAAAGAUGAUUGGAGGAAACAUCUCUGUUGCAGUUGAUACACUGGAGACCAUAACAAAAGCAACGUAUAACAUCAAAACCAACCAUCUGAACUAUUAGCAUUGUUGCUUUACUCUUUUUUCGUGGUUGAGUCUCCUUCAGAAAAUUUAGUUUGAUUUUAUAAAAUUUUGCUUCUGCAGUCCUGUCUUGCCACCAACGCGUUCAGUAGAUGGAGAUGGCAGAGGCGAAGGCUAUUUUGUGUUGUUGUUGCUGGUUUAGGGAUCGGUUUGUGAAGAAGAAGGAGAAGAGAGGGGGAAAGGGAAAUGCAAGAGAGGGGGAUAACUCUUUUCUCCUACAAAAAUGGAGUGAAGAAAGGAAUUAUGAUCAGUAAGGAUAUGGUUAUCUUACAUAACUGUGUCUAUUCUGUUUGAAUUGAGCUUGGGAGGUAGUGAUAAGGACGAGCUGCAACCAAUUCAUAGUGAUAAGAGUGCUAUUAACUGUGAUCAUGUCUUAUUUCAAGUUAGAAGGUAGUUUCAGUAUAGGGAUUAUUUAAUUUGACAAGUUGUUUCGUCCAUGAUUCUUGGUAGUUUCAGUGCCAUUCUAGCCAUUGUUUAGUCUGUAAUUUUUGAGAAUUGAUGUGCGAGUAAUGACUUUCACUUAGCUUCAACUAUUAUGUGUGUAUUUAUUGGCAUGUGAUAGAAUUCUCUUUUCCUUUUCUUUGAAUUCAGUUUCAUACUCUAAUUGUAUCAUUUGUACAUAGGCAAAUCAUGCUCGAGAUGACAACUCGCUGAUAUGGCUGGUGCAAGGAAUGAAGCCAUCAUUAAAAUUCAGACCGACAACGGGGAGGGAUGCCCAGGACUAAUUCAAUGAUGAUUGAUGAUGGUAUGAUAAAAACUGCAGUCUGCAUCAGCACCAAUUUCUAGGCCUAAGUAAAGUUAUUCAACCCAGAACUCUGCUUAGCGCUAAAAAUUGCCCUCACCCAACCUUUAUCCUGUUUGACCCACUUCUGAAGAGUCAAGAUAUAUUACUAAUUCUCUCCGUUUGUAUUUUCUUAUUGACUCUUUCUGACCCUUUAGGUUGGGGCGGGGCGGGAAGAAUCGGAUUAGUGGGCCGGUCUUAAUCAAGUGGAAUCACAAUCCCUUCACUCUCACUUGCUUUCUCUCCCAUUCCACAAGUGGGUAACAUACAGUAAUCCGGCCAACGGGCCGGGUAAUAAGCUAGUUUCUUUUAUAAAUUCCUAUGUCACACGAGAAUAUUACUCUUCUCUGGCCAUCUUUAAGCAUUGGGUUUUCACAUUGACAGAACUGAGGUCUGAGUAAAAUAUAGGCAAAAUG